UGUUCCUUUACGGCAUACCGCCAUUUUAAGUUGAGGACCAAAUCUUUUUUUCUCCUGGCGAGAAGCUAACCAAGCUUAAGCCACUUUAUCUUUCGCUUUGGCUGAAGUAUAUUCAUCUGUGGGAAAACAACUUGCUUUGAACAAGGAGAGUGCACGCUCUUAUUCCACGUUGCCUGAUUCGGGCUCUCGGAGUUUUAAAGGGAUUGAAUGAAGAGUUGAGGUGAAAGAUGACCCAGUUUUUACCCCCCAACUUGCUGGCCCUAUUUGCGCCGCGGGACCCUAUACCAUUUCUGACGCAGUUGGAGAAGCUGCCCCAUGAGAAACACCACAACCAGCCAUACUGCGGCAUUGCUCCCUUCAUCAGGCACUUUGAGGACCCCAGAGAUGCCCCUCCCCCUACUAGGGCAGAAACUCGUGAUGAGAGGUUGGAGAGAAAGAGGAGGGAGAAGAUCGAGAGGAGGCAGACGGUUGUGGAGACAGAACUGAAGCUCUGGGAUCCACACAAUGACCCCAAUGCUCAGGGGGAUGCCUUCAAGACCCUGUUUGUGGCUCGCGUGAAUUAUGACACAACAGAAUCCAAGCUUCGCCGUGAGUUUGAGGUCUACGGACCCAUCAAAAGGAUUUACAUCGUCUACAACAAGCGGUCAGGGAAGCCCAGAGGAUACGCCUUCAUAGAGUACGAGCACGAGAGAGACAUGCACUCCGCCUACAAGCAUGCAGACGGCAAGAAAAUCGACGGGAGGAGAGUGCUGGUGGAUGUGGAAAGAGGCCGCACUGUGAAGGGAUGGCAGCCCCGCAGGCUAGGUGGUGGUCUUGGUGGGACGAGGAGAGGCGGGGCUGACGUCAACAUCAAGCACUCUGGAAGAGACGACGCCUCACGUUACGAUGACCACCCCCCAAUUGGAGGGGAACGAGAGCGCGAACGUGGACCUGAGCCCAGAGGGGAGCGCAGAGAGCGCAGCGAGCGCAGCCGUGAGCACGAACGGGGGGGGGAGAAAGAGCGCGGUGGCGAGAGACGGAGGUCCCGGUCCCGGGAAAGACGCAGGCGCAGCUCUCGCUCCAGGGAGAGGGAGAGGGGCGACAGGGGUCUGGGCCUGGCAGGGCCCGGAGAGGAGAGCGUAGGGGGUGGCAGGAGGAGAGACCGAGAGAGGGAGCGGGGGGGGGGAGGGCCAGGGGGAGAUAGUCGUAGCAGGGAGAGGAGCAGAGACAAGGGCGAAAGGAAGAGGAGGAGCCGCAGCCGAGAGCGCAAGCGAGACCGGGAGAGGGGCAAGGGUGGCGAGGGGGAUGAGGGCAUGGGGCUAGGAGAAGGUAUGAUGGCGGAGGGAGGAGAGAGAAUGCCUGAAGAGCCUAGCGUGGGUGAGGAAGGGGGAGAGGUGGGAGAGGAGCGUGGCGGGAGGGAGCGGGACAGGGAGAGGGAACGCGACCGGAGGCGCAGCCACAGGGACAAGGACCGCGAUAGGGACCGGGAGAGGCACAGGGGGGACAGGGAGAAAGACCGGGAGCAUAAGAGAGACCGGGAGCGGGGUGGCGGGGAGCGCAGGGAGGACCGGCAUGGCUCUCUCCUGCUCCCCUCGGCCGAGCAGGACGACGUGGGUAACGGGGAGGAGGGCGAAGCGCCGCCCAAGCCAGAGGAGAACAGCCAGGAUGGGUUGAUGGACCAGGAGUCGGUGCAGUCGGGGGAGGGCUAUGUUUCCAACGAGAACGGCUACAAGAUGGCGACCCAGGCAGACGAGUACUAAGAGGGGCUUUCCUGUCUUUACUAAUUUCCUGUUUUUUUUUU